AUGUUGUUGUGGGCAGCUCGGGGCUCUCGGUCCUGGAUCACCUGCCUCAGCCUUCUGUUCAUCGUCCUGUUCAAUGUUGUAGUAGGCGAGUUCGAACGGUCUUCACAGCCGAAGCGAGGGAACGCGCUACUGUCGCGGUACGGUCGGGCUGUGCUUUCACGGUACGGCAAACGGUCGGCGCCCAGCUUUGAGGAGAAAGAAAUGGCUUUUGAUGAGAAUUCAGGUCAGUGGGGGAUUGUGGGUUUAAUGCUUUUAAUUAAGGUUUAUUCUUUGUUUACGUAGCGCUCCAGUGUCUUACGCUAAUUUCUAGUGUGGAUUUGGUUUGACUAUGAUACAUUACAUCAUCAGUCGGGCUCAGAAGCGUAAUACUUGUUUUGACAUUUUGUAUUUAAACUGGUUUAGCGGCAAAACAUGUUUAUUUUAAGUGUACUAUACAGUAAGCAGUUUUUGAUACCGACACUAAGAAACACACUUUCUUUCACGUCACCUUUAAGUAAAACGAAGAGUACAACUUCUAAAUAUAAAUUACAGUAGCUUGAUAGUUGUGUUGCAACUUCUGAGACCCCAAACUUUGGCCUAAUCCAAUUUAACUAGAGCCCCAUAAUCUAAUAUCAUGUUAUACUUGCUCUCUUCCACGAACGUAUUUCAGAAGAGUGGUUAUUGUGCCGUCGGGCGCCGAAUGAUAGGCUCCAGUGUCUGCCUACGCCCGUCUACAGCUACUGA